GAAAAGAGCUGAGCAGAGCUGAAGGCUGCUGCAUGGUGGUUUCAGAAACUGCCUACUUAAUUUGAAAAGAACAAUGGUAGGAAAGGCUAGAUCUUCCAAUUUUACCUUAUCUGAAAAGCUUGAUUUGCUAAAGCUUGUGAAGCCAUAUGUUAAAAUUCUCGAAGAACACACUAAUAAACAUUCAGUAAUAGUGGAAAAGAAUAGAUGUUGGGAUAUCAUAGCAGUAAACUAUAAUGCAAUUGGAGUAGAUCGCCCUCCUCGAACAGCCCAGGGCCUACGCACCCUUUACAAAAGGCUCAAAGAAUAUGCCAAACAGGAGCUAUUGCAGCAAAAAGAGACCCAAUCAGAUUUUAAAGGCAAUAUUUCUGAGCCAACCAAGAAAGUUAUGGAGAUGAUUCCCCAGAUUUCCAGUUUUUGCCUGGUAAGAGACAGGAACCACAUACAAAGUGCAAACUUGGAUGAGGAAGCACAGGCUGGUACGAGUUCACUACAGGUAAUGUUGGAUCACCAUCCAGUUGCUAUUACAGUAGAGGUGAAGCAAGAAGAAGACAUAAAGCCCCCUCCUCCACUGGUUUUAAAUUCUCAACAGAGUGAUAUUUUAGAACAAAGAGAAGACCAUGAAUUAGUACAUGUUAUGGAAAGAUCUUUGUCGCCGUCACUUUCCUCUGUUGAUAUGAGAAUGACAUCGUCUCCAUCUUCUAUCCCAAGGAGAGAUGAUUUUUUUCGGCAUGAGCAUGGAGAACACUUUAGGUCACAAUUAGGGUAUGAUCCUCAGAUUCUGCAAAUGUUGAAAGAGGAGCAUCAGAUAAUUUUAGAAAAUCAAAAAAAUUUUGGAUUGUAUGUUCAGGAGAAGAGGGAUGGAUUGAAAAGAAGGCAGCAGCUAGAGGAAGAGCUGCUAAGAGCAAAAAUUGAAGUGGAGAAACUGAAAGCAGUUCGCUUACGGCAUGAUCUGCCUGAAUAUAAUAGUCUCUAAUUUUUUUUUUCAGUCUUGCAAUUUGAUAAUUUUAAUUUUGGCCAAAUUACUUUCAUUUGAGAAUAUCCUGAAAGAGAAUACAUACUCUUAAAAGUGUUGUUCAUCUCAAUUGUGAAAAAAUCUUUUUUGACAUGAUUUUCUAGUUAUUUAAUUUUCUUUUGAGAUAU